ACAGCUGUUUAUGUAAACAAGAAGAAGACAAAACGCUUAUAAAACAUUUGACAUUGCCAAAAAUACAAACAAAUCGUGCAAAUGUCCAAGCACACAUUAAUAGGUGGCGGGACUGGUUUCAUUGGCCAACAUCUGGCCAAACAUCUCACCCAGAAGGGUCAUGAAAUCACCGUUAUUUCUCGGAUGCCCGGCCCAAAGCGGAUCACCUGGCACCAGCUGGAGAAACAGGGCAUACCCAGCAGCGUGAAUGGCGUAGUGAAUGCCACCGGUCAGAAUGUACUCGAUCCGUCCAGACGCUGGACUCCGGGCUUUAAGCAGAACGUUUGGAACUCUCGCAUCAAUUCUGCCAAAAUGCUGAGUAGUGCAAUCAAAUCAGCACCCCAAGUCAAAUCCUUUGUGAAUGUGUGUGGUGUGAGUCUCUAUCGUCCCUCGGCCACAAAGACCUACACAGAGGCUGAUCAGGGCGAGAACUAUGACUACAUGUCCCGCUUAUGCCUGGCCUGGGAGGAGGCCGCCUGCUCCGCAGACAGCACGGAUCAGGGCUGCAAGUGUACCAUAGUGCGCAGUGGAGUCGUUGUUGGACGGAAUGGCGGCAUGAUCAAGUCCAUAUGGUUACCCUUUAAACUUGGAUUGGGUGGUCCCAUGGGCAGCGGGGAUCAGAUCAUGCCUUGGAUACACAUGCACGAUCUGUGUGCGCUCAUACAUCACUUGAUGGAGAAGUGUGAAACGGGUGCCUUCAAUGCCGUCGCUCCAGAGAUAGCCACCAACAAGAGCUUCUCGCAGGAAUUUGCCAAGGCGUUAAAUCGUCCCUGCCUGUUCAACGUGCCCGAAUUCGUGGUGCACGCCAUCUUUGGCAAAGAGCGUGCGGCGCUUCUGUUGAGCGGCGCCAGAAUACAGCCCCAGCGGGCAAUAUCAUCGGGCUACCAGUUCAAGUACCCCACUGCCAAGUCUGCUGCGGCCGAGGUUGUUGGCAAAUAAGGCUAGAUGUGAAUUUCAAAUGCUUUACAUUGGCAAAAAUGAUUAUCUAUUGUUAUUUAAUUUUUUGUAUAUAUUAUCGAAAUUAAAAUUAGAGCAUACACGAGUUGAACAUUUGUUGAA